GCUUGCGCGGGGGAAGCGGGGCUGUCGCUCUGUCGAAUGAGGGCGGACGAAGUCGGCGGCGGUCUCGGCUGUGCUACCGUCGCUGCCUGGCACCCGGGGUGCGCUCUGCCUCCUUCUCUUUGGGUUGGUUUGACUUCCACAAAUACAGAACUAAGAGGAUUUAUAGAUCAGAAUCUCAGCCCAACAAAAGGGAACGUUUCAUUUGUUGCACUUCCAGUUUCCAGCACCAACUCACCAACAAAGAUUUUACCAAAAACCUUAGGACCAAUAAAUGUGAAUGUUGGACCCCAAAUGAUUAUAAGCACCCCACAGAGACUCACCAGUUCAGGAAGUGUUCUGAUCGGGAGCCCAUACACUCCUGCCCCCGCGAUGGUCACUCAGACACACAUCGCAGAAGCUGCUGGCUGGGUUCCCAGUGAUAGAAAACGGGCUAGAGAAUUUAUAGAAUCUGAUUUUUCAGAAAGUAAACGAAGCAAAAAAGGAGAUAAAAAUGGAAAAGGCUUGAGACAUUUUUCAAUGAAAGUGUGUGAGAAGGUUCAACGAAAAGGUACAACAUCAUAUAAUGAAGUAGCUGAUGAACUGGUGUCAGAGUUCACCAAUUCCAGUAAUCACUUGGCUGCUGAUUCGGCUUACGAUCAGAAGAACAUUAGGCGAAGAGUUUAUGAUGCUUUAAAUGUGCUAAUGGCAAUGAACAUAAUUUCAAAGGAAAAAAAAGAAAUCAAAUGGAUUGGUCUGCCUACCAAUUCUGCUCAGGAAUGUCAAAACCUGGAGAUAGAGAAGCAGAGGCGGAUAGAACGGAUAAAGCAGAAGCGGGCCCAGCUGCAAGAACUUCUCCUACAGCAAAUUGCUUUCAAAAACCUGGUACAGAGAAAUCGACAAAAUGAACAGCAAAACCAGGGCCCUCCAGCACUGAACUCCACCAUUCAGCUGCCCUUUAUAAUCAUCAACACAAGCAGGAAAACAGUCAUAGACUGCAGCAUCUCCAGCGACAAGUUUGAAUAUCUUUUUAAUUUUGACAACACCUUUGAGAUCCAUGAUGACAUAGAAGUGCUGAAGCGCAUGGGGAUGUCCUUUGGCCUGGAGUCAGGCAAAUGCUCUCUGGAGGACCUGAAGCUCGCUAAAUCACUUGUGCCAAAGGCUCUAGAAAGUUAUAUCACAGAUAUCUCCACAGGACCUUCUUGGUUAAAUCAGGGACUGCUUUUGAACUCUGCCCAGUCAGCAUCAAAUUUGGACUUGACGUCUGGUGCCACCUUACCCCAGUCCAGUGUAAACCAAGGGUUAUGCUUGGAUGCUGAAGUGGCCUUAGCAACCGGGCAGCUCCUUGCCCCAAACAGCCAGCAGUCCAGCAGUGCGGCCUCCCACUGCUCCGAGUCCCGAGGCGAGACCCCCUGCUCGUUCAACGAUGAAGACGAGGAAGAUGAGGAGGAGGAUUCCUCCUCUCCAGAAUAAAGACAGGAGAAAAGUCACAUUUUAAUAUUUGAUGCUCAUGUGUGUUUUUAGUGUGAGCUUGUAUUUGAAAUGAUUGCUUCAGUCUUUGCCUUUGUUUGCACUGUGUGUUCAGUGAAAACCAGAGAAACACAAUAAGCAAAUUACAGGAAGACUACGUUGAUUGAAAUGAGAGUUAACAUAGCGUGAAUGCAAGCUCUGCCCAGCAGAGCGGUAGGUCACAUCGCAAACAAAGUCUGCUUCCGGGGGGUGCAAGGACAUAAUCCCCAGAGAAGCGGCAACAUGAGUGAGACUCGCCUAGCUUCCCCGAGUUGGGGUCCUCGAGGUCCUCAUGGCCACUUGGUCCUGUGAGAACUGCGCCUGCGCUGCAGUGGUCCUGUUUCCUUCCUCUGUCACCUGGAGCCUCUGUAGUGAGGGAGUAGGUUGCAGUGCUGUGGCCUGAGCACGCAGAUGGACCACCAGCUAGUUGGAGGUCUAGUCAGGGUGCUUUAUGCAUCUGCUGCCUUAGACAGCUUCAGAAAGGAGCGAGCACUCUUAAGUAUUUAAGUGACAUUUAGAAUAAUUUAUAGUCAAACUGAUAUGAUCAUUAUUAGCCAAUGCAUUGGUGCAUAGAAUUUACUAGGGCUACUUCUGGAAGCCAAAAUAGAAAGCAUUUCCAUGUGCAUUACCAUUUGCCAGCACUGCCUUUUGCCAGCAUUCUAAAUCUGGAGCUCUACAAAGAAAGGAACUGUAUCUAUAGUUUUAAUCAAAGCUAUGCAUUUCAUACAGCUUUUUCAUUUACAAUGAAGCAAAGCAAAUUCUUAUGACCAAACCGCUUGCCUACAGCGCUCUGUAGUAAUUGUAUGAUUUUACCCAGUGUGCAAUUUGUGAAAAUGAACCAAAUGUCAUUACUUUUGUUUUGGAAAGAAGUCUAUUUCAAGAAUAUGAACAUUAAUGUUUCUUGAACAUGCCACAUUUUUUUCACUUUAAUCAAAAUGAUCCUAUUAGAUUUAUUCCUGGGUAAACUGCAUUUCAAAGUAACCCAAUAGUUAGUGUUUCUGUGAAAAACACUGAACACUCCAGCUGAUUGGAUACACACUAGUUGGUAUGUAGUGUGAGAUUUUGUAGCCAAAGAUGCUUUGGGAAAUACUGCACUGGGGUGUCGGUGAGAGCUGCUUCUCUGACUAGAGGAGUGGGCCUACAUCUGCCAGCAGGCCCAAACCCCAACUUAAUGAUACAUUAAGGCCUUAAAAGGAAGCAAAGGCUCAGAGAGGAGCUAGCUUUUUAAAACUUAGACUUGACCCACCGGGAUUGUUCUUCCCUCAUUGCCCAGGGAAGCCUUUCUGGAGCUCUCCCGCCAUGCUCCUGUGAGCCACAGGUAAAGGCUUCCACUGGCUUGCAUUUUGAUUAAGACCUUAUGCAAACACUGACGAAGAACACACAGCUUGAGCUUAGGCUCCCUGGAGACGGAGCUCUCAUUCUGGCAGAACUAAGCUGGCACACAUCCAUGAGGCAGGGAGAUCAGGGCAGGUUAUACAGGACUCUGUCCUAGCAGUUCAGAGCACACCUCUCUCACACGCCCAGGUGGAGGCAUCCAGAAUGCUGCAGCGGUGGCCACAAGCCUGUGACAGCUAUUUCUGCCUGCUCAGGUCAGGUGAAAUGGGCUCUCCUGCUGUGUCAUCCUCGAAGGACUGCUGUCCUCUGGCCCAGCCCAAAGGUCCCUCAUCUCUACUGGAGGGAUCCUCUUUCUGGUCUUUAAGAUAUUAAACUACAGCUCCCAAGAUACGUUUUAGAAUUUAAGACACAUACGUACCCACUCCUUUUCUAAGUAGCAGAAUUCUUACUAGAGUUUUUGGCGAGCUGUUUCUUUGUGUCUUCUUCCUCUGUUGCUAUAGUGCUUUAAGUUGAUAAACAUGGGCUUAAAAAAAAAGGCAACCAAAGACUGGUCCAUCUUGGUUCCCACCCACUGCCCUCCAGCUGUCCAUGUGUGCCAUUGACAGAGGUCCAUGUUCCCUAGUGAGAGCUCUGGUGACUGCUCAAGACAUCUCACUGAGUGACACCAUAGUCACCUCAGGUUGACCUCAGGUUGGUGAUCUCAAACCUUACCUGGAAAAGGCUAGGUUGAAAUGUUAUGGAAGAGAAAUUCUGUUCUUUUAUCUCAGAUAUAUGUAGCCAUCUGGGUCCAAGUUCAUGCUGAGACACAAUUUCAUACAGGAGUCAAAGCAAAAAAACUACAGUCGCAACACCCAGGCUGCUUGGUGUUAGUGGCACACAAAGUUAUUUGAGGACACACAUUGCCAUCCGUGCAGGGGUUUUGGUCACACUGCUGUUUGGGGAGUUUGCAAAGCCUUCUCUGCUGGUGUUGUCCUGAGUUAGCAGAGCUCCAGGGCCCUGAGCUCCUGGGCAGAGCCCCUUGAGCCUUCAUGGCAAGACGCUACACCGCAGCCCAGCAGAGGCUGAGUGUUCCCAGGUGCACCUUCUCUCAGCCCCCAGCAGUGUCUCACCCUCACGCUCUGUGUACAUGGAAAGUCCCUAUGGUGGGCCUUUAUGGACGCCAUGCCUUAGAUGAGGGGAGGGAAGGGCAAGAAAGGGCUCCCAGUGACCCUCUGCCUCUUGGAGCUGCCUGCUGCCUCCCAGAACAUGGGAUGCUCGCCGCCUGUGCUGCAGCCUUCAGUUGGAUUCCUUAAAGCAGCAUGGCCAGGUGUGCUGGUGUAUGCCCACAACACUGGAGGCUAAGGCAGAAGGGGCACGAGUUUGAGCCUUACAGGGCAACCUAAGACCUUAUCUCAAAGUAAAUAACAUAAAAUGGGCUGGGCGCAGUGUGAUAGCUGAGUGUGAAAGGCUUUUGGUUCAGUACGCAGGGCUGUAAAAUAAGUAAAUCUCCAGUUUCUUUUACCAGGAUGAAACAAUAACUCCUUCCAUUAACAAAUUUGCAGUUGUAACAGAGCUCUGCCAUGUUUGAGAAAUAAUGCCAGAUCCCCCUGUUCUUGAAGGGAUGGUGGCUGCUAUUUGUCAUUCCCAUUGAGGUGCAGGGGUGAAGGGGCCCCUGGCCCCCUCAGACAUCUGUAAUGUGACUGUUCGCUAAAUCAAAACUUGCUGGCCUCUUAGGUCGUAGAGACAACAGAUUUCCACCAGCUCUGAUGUGAUUUAAGCCGAGUCUGUCUGUGAGUUGGGGAAGGGUUAGCAGGUGGCAGGCUCUGCCUUGGUUGUUUCUGCCAGAUCCACACCCAGAUAAAGAUUUGGCGUGUGCAGUGUUAGGGACUGAACCAGCGCCUGCGGACUGAGUGAUAUCCCAGCCCUGCUGUCCCCUUUUUGAGACAGGGUCUCACUAAUUUGCUCAGACUGAGCUCAACUUCUGAGUGACUGGAAUUGCAGGGUGCCCCACUACACCAACUCUCUGGGUGACUGGAAGGCCUUUUAGUGUCAGAUUCUAACAGGUUGUCCCUAGUCAGUGACCUGUGACAUACCUAAAGACUGCUGUGUAUGGGGCAAAUUUAGCUGCCAGUACUACCCUUAAAAGAAGAAAAAUCUCACAUGCCCACAGAGUUCUCAUUGUCCUUACCUUACAGCCGAACUAGCGCAGUAUGAAAAAGAACUUUCCACAUAUACUACAAGCUGUUGGAUACAUAAAGUGCUCUCUUAAACAGGCUAAGGGUAGCCAUUCUGCAAAUAGGCUGCUUGGGUGAGGCUCUCUGACAGCCACUUUUCCUCGUUUCCCUUUCAUGCUCCCAAAACAGCUGUCUGCACCCCUGAUGCUCAUUAAUGUGCCAGCCAGAAGCCUGCAUGUGGCAUCUGUGUGACCCUCGGACCACCUGCUUACAGAGAAAAAUCCUAAAUAUUGCCUAAGAUUUGACCUUUUAAAUACGUCAAGCUCCAUGCCCACAUAAAUCAACAUUCUCAGGAACUAACCCCUUUGUAUAACCAAAAUAUCUGAAAAUUUAUGUUUAAUCUGUGGGUAUCAGUUUCCCCAUACACAUCUAUGCUCACAGGACACUAAGGGAAAAAUGGGGGACCUAGAGCUGAACCUCCACCGGCCUUGCUGCGCUGGGAGCUGGCAUAGCUGGCACUGAGGCCUGCCAGUAUGUGUGCUGGUUCUGCCUAGACUGGAGGCAAGGGUGGCUCUUCCAGCUCACUCGGCUAGAGGUGUGCCUGGAGGCUUGCCUGGUCCUCAGGCGGAGUCUGCACGGAGCCUGCUAGCUACCACUUCCUGGGAGGGCCAUGCAGUCUUGCACGCCACACCCUCAUCACUGUGCUUCCUGACGGCCCUGGCUGAAUACCGAUGCAGGUGUCACCAGGUGCCCACUGCUGGGGAGCAGAAGCGGGGCCUCUUCACUCGGGAUCCCAGGUUCGAUAUUCACAGCUCAGAAACUCCUCCCCAGGCAGCAUCCUCAUUCGCCUUGGUCCCUGG